AUGGCACUUCAAACAAUCACCGUCACCUACACCGACAACAAAUAUCUCUCCUUGGUAGACGCAGCAUCGCGUACGCCCCUCUACCAUGUCAAGGUUUGCCGGCAAGUGCCGCAGAUGGAAAUGAUUCGCUUAAGUCCAGCCCCAGGCAACGAUAGAGAGGACCAAGCCUUUCCUGAGGAUGAAAACGCCUACUUCCAACGCCGGGUCUACACGGCAAAGUUCAAGAUGACAAGCCUCAACGGUCACCUCCAGAUCCGCGAGCAUCGAGAUGUCUUGCUCAGCAGAAAGGGAAUCCUUUCCACCAGCUACUCAUUCACGUCACCAGCACUGUCUGCCGCAAAUAUUAUCAGCUCUUCAUCAUCUCCGGCGUCAUCGGCUGUCCUCACAUGGGAAGCCGACCAGACGGGGAACCUGGGGGACUUCCGUCUUGUCAAAGAGGCAGAGAAUGAGUCGGACAGAAAAGUGCUGGCUCGCUUUCGAAAUAAGGCCUUUUCCAAUGAGAAAGUGGGCACGUUUGAAGUAGACGCUGGUCUCAAUCAACUGGUCAAGGACGAGGCAGUGAUUUCCGGGCUGGCCAUGCUGUCAAUGGUGCAGAGCAUCAAUCUUGCCGGCAUGAUCAUGCUUGGUGGAAGUUGA